CUACUAUUAUUGGAAUGCCACUCUUAGACUCUAGCUCAAUCUGUAUCCCGAAUAAGAGGUUGGUUGGAAGUGUACAAAAAUCAAAGGACAAAGAAAGAAAGAGAUGGGCAAUUCUCAAUCAUCUUCAACCAACCCUCGUUUCGUUUCUGCUUCAAGAUCAUUUACACAACAUAAAUUGGACGAGCUUCAAUCUCUAUUUAAUUCUCUUGCUACUGAAUCUCAAAGCAAUGGCAAAUUCAUCUCUCCUUCAGUUUUCAAGGAUUAUUUCAAAAUUCCUGAUUCUCUUGGAGAUCGAAUGUUCGAUUUGAUUACCCAGAAACGCCAUGAUCAAAAGCUUACAUUUGAAGAUCUUGUGAUUGCUAAGGCUACUUAUGAGAAAGGGACCAAAGAUGAUAUUGAAGAAUUUAUUUACCAGUUAUUAGAUGUUUCUGAUGAUGGCAAAGUGGACAGGUCUGAUCUGCAAGCUGUUUUAGCUGCAAUUCUUUAUGACUUGUUUCCUCUCAAGGAUGAUGACUCUGAAACGAAAUCCCAUCAGUGCAUAAUAGAUGCGAUCCUAAAUGCUGCAAUAUUCUCAAAAGAUGACGAAGUAGGUGAUACAAAAAGUAUGUCGUUUGAAGACUUCAAGGACCUGUGUGGCCAUAUUCCAUCUCUAAGGAAGUACCUUGGAAGUUUGUUGUCGCCACCUGAUCCAGGGAGGGUGGGUUCUCAAGUUCCUCGUCUGCUGUACCCUGACACUUAUGAUUCCAACCUAAUAUUGAAGGAGCAAUAUGCUUGGUUGAUAGGUGGCCUUCUCACCCAGCUAGAGCUGGUGGAGUGGAAACUUUUGUACCACAGUUCAUACCAUGGCCAGAGUUUCAACACAUUCCUGGGGAAAGUCGCAGUUGAUGAAGGGCCAACUGUGUUGAUUAUCAAGGAUACAGAAGGUUGCGUAUAUGGAGGUUAUGCUUCCCAACCGUGGCAAAAGCACAGUGAUUUCUAUGGUGAUCUAAAGUGUUUUUUGUUUCAGCUACAUCCAAAAUUGUCUAUUUAUCGGCCAACUGGAGCAAAUAACAAUUUGCAGUGGUGCGCUGUCAAUUACAGUUCAGAAUCCAUCCCAAAUGGAAUUGGCUUUGGAGGACGGGCUCAUCACUUUGGUCUCUUUCUGACAGCAAAUUUUGACGCUGGACAAACCUUUGAGUGUACUACAUUUGGGAGUCCUCCCCUUUCAAAAUCCAACAGGAUAUGCCCGGAAGUAAUAGAAUGUUGGAGUGUUUUCCCUAGAGAAGUGCAACUAAAAGGGAGCAAUGCACUCGAAGGUACUGUGCUAGAAAGGUUUAAGGAGGAUAGAAACAUGCUUAACUUGGUCGGCCUUGCAAAUUCCAGUCAGUAACAUGCUUGCAUUCUGGGCAUUAUUGACAAAGGGAUACAUAUUGUAUUAUUGUCGAUUUAUGGAGUUUGAUGAUCCUAUUUCCACGGUCUCCUCCCCCUCCACCACCCGGGGUUGUAUUUUUGCAAGCUGUGGCAAUGACAGUGCUUGUAUGAUAUUGAUGUGUAUCAUCAUAAUUAUGAUGAAUGAUUUACUGUUUUGCUAAAAGCUCUUUAACUCUGCUGUAAUUAUAUUUGCUCAGAUACUGAUCAUUUACCUAUAAAAUUGUUACUGUGACUUGCUGGAAUCAUCACAAACCAUUUUAUCUUUGAAUAACAUGACAUUGGAAAGUAUCA